UCAAUGAUCGCAGUAAUUGUAUUUUCAAUUUAAAGUUUAGAAGGUCGGACGACAGAAUACUUGAACAAUGAAUUUAGAUAAAAGUAAAAUCAGUGCGAAACACGUAUCUGAUAUAAAUGACAGCGUUAAGCGUCGUCGUAGUUCCUUGGCUGUCAAUUUAAGUUGUUUCUCGAAUUUGACAGAUUCUGGCAAUGGAUCACUCAAGCAAACAAAUGUCGAAUAUAAUGAUAAUAUACCGCCGACUGCGGUUACUUCCGAUAGAAUUUUGAGAAGCAAACGGACGUUCAUCGACAAUAGAAGUACAUCUUAUCGUGACAUCUCUUUGAAACAUGUGACUGUAGUUCUGAAGAAAAUAGAAAACGAUACAGAGGUUUUGAAUAAAAGUUGCGAAAAGUUGAAACAAGUUAUUCUGACCAGGACGAAACAAAUAUUUGAUGUACAAAAUGAGUUGCCCGUUAAAACACAAGCAAUUUUAACUACUAAACACAACCAAUCUCGUACACUCCUAAACAGUAAUUCUAAUGGAAAUGUGAACCCUGGUAUUGAUAGUACUGUAAGGAAUAAACGAAAAAAUAAAAACUAUGGGGAAGAAAGAAAGCAGUAUAACUUAAAUACAAUCAACAAAUCGAUUCUUCCUAUUGAAGCAGAAAAUAGCAGAAUUAAUUGUUCCGUUGCAUCAAAAGAUGAAUGCUUUCCAUUAUUGAAUGUGUCUGAUGAUGGAAGUAUUUUUACAGCAGAGCCUAUUGGCUGCUCCACAAUGAUAAAUAAUGAAACAUCAGAUCAAAAUCUUGACAUAAACUCUGAAAUUAUACAAGAUCCAUCUUUAGGUUUGGUUACAAAGAAAGCUGAUACUUCUAUGGAAAUGACGGAUAUUAGAGGAGGAUUUAUAUUAAGUGGAAGGCAGAACUCUUCGGAGUAUCUGAUAAGUGAUAAUGUAUGUAAAAAUCAUAUGGAAGAGAUGCAGAACAAGAAAAUAUUGAGAAGUAAAUGCUCUUCUAUUACCAGCCUAUUACACAAAAGUUCUAAUACCUUAGGAAAGUUUAAUUUGUUUAAUAAUAUCACUAAACAAAAUACAAAUGUACAAUCUGAUAGUGAAAAUGAACAGCCAUACGAAAAACAAAGUCCAGAAGCAUUACAAACUUCUUUGAAUGUAAACACAUCCGUGGAUGAGUUAAGCAGAGACAAUAGAAAUGAAAAUGACUUCAAAGAUACAGAUUUUAUAGAGAAAGAUUAUAACAGAGAUAUUGGUAAUAGACAGAAAAGAGGUAUGCAUUCAGCAAUUUCGGAAGGGACGCGAGAAAGCACAAAUACAGUUUGUACUUCCUUACAAAUGAAUACAUCUUUAGAUAGCUCAAACAGAUUGUGUUCACUAAAAAAUAAUAACAGGCAAAUGUCGGUAUCAAAUAACAUAGGAGACCGGAUUGUCAAUAGAACUAACAGGACUGAAACAGACGGUACUGAUUUAACCGAAAAUUUAAAACAAAAUAUUAGUAUGGUACAUACAGAUCGAUCUAAUUCGAUUGCCAUGAAAAAUAAACUGAACAUAGAUAAAAUUGAUGACGGUCAAAGCUACGUCGAAGCUACUCCCUAUCCAACAUGUCGUUCUGUUUUGUUGAAAACAAAAUUAAGAUCGAACACUGUAGUACGUUCACGCCCUAGUAACAACACUAACAGAAGUUUGAUCGAAAUAAACUCUUCGCAAAGUAAAUCACGUUUUUCAAAAAGCGUAUUCAAUGAAUUUCAAAAUUCGCCCUAUGAACAAGAGAAAUCAGGAAUUAAUACAAUAGUUUCAGAUAGUUCGUUCUCGCAGAGUGCGUCUUAUAUUAAAUCGCAGAAUUUAUUUAAUGAAAACGAAUUAAUAAACAGUCAAGGUGCAGCAAAAUCUAUAUCUCCUGUUAGAAAAAAAUGUAAAAAGAAGUUAUUGCCAUUACUUGAAUCUUCGCAAUUAUUAUCAUUCUCCCCGGUGGAAAAUGAAAACGAACCGCCUGGACGAUCGAUGCCAGCAAACAGACAUAGGAAGAAAAAGAAGAAGAAACAACAUGUGAAUAAUAAAAUGAAUGCAAUAGAUAAUACAUGUGUUACGACGAAACACGUAGAUGGAAAAAACAACGAUCAGUUAGCAUUAGAAAACGAUUGCUCUAUCUUCGACGGUAAAAUGAAUCGAGUAAAGAGACCCAAAAAAGUUGUCAGCAAAAAAAUUAUUGUUAAAAAAAUUGUUCAUGAAGAUAUUUUAAGAAGACUAGAGCAGAAUGGUGAAAACAUUCAAACGAAAGCUUGUACUUCAAAUAGAAAUUCUUCGAGUGAUUUCCAAACGUUAAAGAAGCUAUGCACUAUGCGUUCAUCGAGGAGAAAAGCACAAAGAAUAAAUAUUGUAAUGACAGGCCUGUCUAACGACGAUAAACAUACGGUCAAAAGUAUCGUGAAAGCUCUAGGACAUGCAAAAAUAGAAUCAAACGUUACGAAACGAACAACACACGUUAUAACUACCGGUGUGCGUACAAUAAAUUUGUUGCAUGGAAUCAUACGUGGCUGUUGGCUUCUCAGUACUGAAUGGAUUUUGAAGUCAUUAGAGAACAAUGCAUGGUUGAAUCCAGAAGAAUACGAAAUUACACAUUUUUCAAAAGCGGCGCUGGAAAACCGUAAAGACAGACAGUUGUUUGGAAUGUCGUACGUUCCUGAAUUGUUUGCUGCUUGUGGAAACAUAUACAUUGGAAAGAACACAACGCCUCCGUAUAAUGUGCUGAAGGAUCUCGUAAAAACUGCAGGUGGUCGCAUUACCGACCAUCGAGAAAUUGCAAAAAUUAUAAUUGAUACAAAAAGUUUAAAAGAAUCUUGGAUAUUAGAUUGCAUUACAACGGGGGAAUUACAACCAUUUGAUCAUUAUCAACAAUCUUAAACGUAGAUAAAAAUACUUUCAA